CUUCAAUCCUCACGUCCGACAACCAACGAUUCCGACAAGAAGCCGCCCACCAUGGUCAAGGCUGGUCAGCUCUGGGGAAAGAGCAAGGAUGAUCUCUCUAAGCAGCUGGAGGAGUUGAAGACCGAGCUUAACCAGCUCCGUGUCCAGAAGAUCACCGGUGGUGCUUCUUCCAAGACCCAGAGAAUCCACGACGUCCGCAAGUCGAUCGCUCGUGUUCUCACCGUCAUCAACGCCAACCAGCGCUCCCAGCUCCGCCUCUUCUACAAGAACAAGAAGUACACUCCUCUUGACCUCCGCCCCAAGCUCACCCGUGCUCUCCGCCGCCGCCUCACCAAGCACGAGGCUACCCUCAAGACCGAGCGCCAGCGCAAGAAGGAGAUCCACUUCCCCCAGCGGAAGUACGCCAUCAAGGCUUAAAUAAAUAAAAAAAAAGCCCGAAGCGUGUCUGGAUCUGGAUGAUGGAGUUACGGGAACGUCGUUUUUUUUUUCCCUAAAGAGAUGACGGGGUCGACCUAACCUUGCUUUUUGAGGGAGGGGGCCGGUCGGUAUAAAAAGACAAAUGGAUUAUGUAUCUUAGAAAGAAAGAUGCAGGUCGAUCUUAAAUGAAUCCUUUACUUGCCAUGACAUAAUAACACAAUGUGGUUUCUGGACAUGCUACGCUACGCUACGCAUUUCUAGGUACUUAGCUACCUACUUACUAG